ACCACACAUUCAUAUCACGCUUCUUCUUAAUCUCUCUCUCUCUCUCUCUCUCUCUCUCUCUCUCUCGUAUAGUGUCAAAUAUCAUCUAUAGCCACAAUGCCAAUUUCCUUGGGUGCAUUCAUAACUCCUCCACAACUUCAACUGAACCGCAAUUUUCAGGGCCUUAGCGUUAGAUGUCAGUCUUCUCAGCAGAAACCAGCAAGCGGAGGUGGGCAUAAUGAGCUCCAGAUUGGGUCGCCAAUCAUACUCGUCGAGGCUCCACCGACUCUGAAGACGGCCACUUCAAUGCCGUCGCUGAGGGUUAACACCGGAGAAGUGAAGCCUGGUGAUGUUGGCAGAAUUGUAUCAAGGAAGCCUAAAGAUGUAUGGGCUGUUCGCCUCGCCAUAGGCACUUACCUUAUCGAUGGCAAGCAUUUCCAGCCCUUGGUUCUUGACGAAUAAGAAAGCCUGCAACUCGAACAGCAGAAAUUUAUCACUAACUUGUAAUAAUGUUUGAAUAAAUGACAAGCUCUCUAUCUUUUGAUA